GUCCUUUAAUGUUGACUUUGCGGUGUGAGUUUGCCGCGAGGCAGUUUAGUACACCUAGGACUGUCAAUCGAGGGUCAUUGAGUCCUCCAUCACUUAGGAAACAAGGUUUCAGACAGUCUUAUGUCACUUGCACACGUAUCAAAGGACAAAAGAUAAACACCAUCUCUGUGAAGACUUUACCAGUGAUGUCGAGUCCAACAGCAGAGACGCAGAGUGACGUGUUUUCGGCAGUCAUGCCCAAGGAGGAGAUUGGAGCCCUGCGAUUUCUCAAGGACCAUCCAGAGUACGACGGAAGGGGAGUGGUGGUAGCUAUCUUCGAUACAGGGGUGGAUCCAGGUGCUGUGGGCCUCCAGACGACGUCUGAUGGGAAGCCAAAGAUAUUGGAUCUGCUGGACUGCACCGGCAGCGGGGAUGUAGAUACUUCAAAGGUUGUGAAGGCGGAUGACGAUGGGUGCAUCCUUGGCUGCUACGGCAACAAACUGAAAAUCAAUCCUGAAUGGAAGAACCCUUCAGGCGAGUGGCAUGUGGGUGCCAAGCGUGCAUUUGAGCUCUUUCCUGGAGGCCUGAAGCAGCGCAGCAAGCAGGAGAGGAAGAAGCGCUGGGAGCAGAAGCAGCGGGGGGCCAUCACUGCAUGCACUGCUGCUGUGGUCAGCCAGAAGAAGCAGGGAGACUCAACAGCUGAGGACGGCAAAGAAGCACUGGAAGAGCUGGAGCUGCGCUCAAAACUGCUGGCAGACAUGGAAGAAAAGUUUGAGGAUCUUGGCCCAAUGCUGGACUGUGUGGUAUGGCACGAUGGGGAGGUGUACAGGGCUGCGCUGGACACCAGCGAGUUGCAUGAGCCUGGCUCCACAGCAGGCGCCCUGGAAAACUUCAAGCCACUGACCAACUUCAGGAGCGAGCGGCAGUAUGGCGUCUUCAGCUCCCAGGACUCCUGCAACUUUGCGCUGAACAUCUAUGACGAGGGCAAUGUGCUGUCCAUCGUGGUCGAUGCGGGCUCACACGGCACACAUGUUGCUGGCAUCACCGCCGCUCACCACGAAGACAACCCUGAGCUGAACGGCAUCGCCCCAGGUGCCCAGAUAAUCUCAUGCAAGAUUGGGGACAGCCGGCUGGGCGGCAUGGAGACAGGAGUGGGCCUGACAAGAGCUCUGAUAGCGGUCAUCGACCACAAAGUCGACCUCAUCAACAUGUCAUACGGCGAGGCCACUGCCACUCCCAACGCCGGCCGCUUCAUCAAACUAGCCAAUGAGGUUGUGUACAAGCACAAUGUCAUCUUUGUAUCGAGCGCUGGCAAUGCCGGCCCGGCGCUGUCUACUGUGGGCGCUCCAGGCGGCACAUCCUCAUCCAUCCUCAGCAUUGGCGCCUAUGUCUCCCCCGCUCUGGCAGCUGCCGGCCACUCUGUGCGUGAAACUCUGGACAAGGGCCAGCAGUACACAUGGUCGAGCAGGGGCCCAACCCCAGAUGGCCACAUCGGCGUCACACUGUCGGCUCCGGGGGGCGCCAUUGCACCGGUGCCCCAGUGGACGCAGCAGGGUCGCCAGCUCAUGAACGGCACAUCCAUGGCCUCGCCCAACGCCUGUGGCGGCGUGGCGCUCGUCCUGUCUGCUGCCAAGGCCAAAGGAUGGAAAGCCACCCCUGUCAGGGUGCGGCGUGCGCUGGAGAACACUUGCCUGCCGCUGGGUGGGGACGCCCCAGACGCUGUGCUCACCUAUGGCCGCGGCUUGCUCCAGGUCGACAAGGCCGUGGAGUAUCUGGAGAAGGCGGCAGCGCAGGACGAGAGGGACGAGGUUCUGUACGAGGUUCGCGUGCGCCGCAGCGACGGCUCGGCCGGCGGCCGCGGCAUUUACCUGCGAGAGCCGCUGGACUCACGCAGAGCUGUCACCUGCACUGUAGAUGUCCGGCCCACAGUGCAUGAGGAUGCCGACGCUGUGAGGACACGGCUUUCAAUAGAAGACAAGCUGCACCUGGAGCCGACACAGCCAUGGGUGGAGGCGCCCUCUGCCCUGCUGCUGCACUCCGGCGGCCGAACAUUUGAGAUUAAGGUGGACGCUGGGAGUCUGCCCGAGGGACUGCACUUUGCGGAGGUCUGUGCUUACGACAGCAGCGCUCCAUGGCGUGGACCCCUCUUCAGUGUGUAUUCAUUCUGUGUCAUAUCUGUCACAGCCGCCAACGAGGAUGACAGCAGCUACGUAGCCCGUCUGGGCUGGGUGGACUUCACGCCCGGCCAGGAGGUUCGGCGCUUUGUGGCUGUGCCUGAGGGUGCCACGUGGGCAGAGCUGCGCAUCACUGCCGGCGACCACGAGCAGCCCCGGGGCUUCAUGGUGCGCGCGUCGCAGCUGCUGCCGCACACGCGCUACUCGGAGACGGAGUCCCGCUCCUACCUGAGCCUGGCCGCGCACGCAGAGGAGCGCCUCAGCUUUGCCACGGUGGCGGGGGCCACGCUGGAGGUCACCCUCGCGCAGUUCUGGAGCAGCCUGGGACCGGGCAGGCUCCGCGCGGAGGUUGUGUUCCACGGCCUGGAGGCCCGGCGCGAGGUGCUCCUGGACGGGAGCAGGCACAACACCAAGCUGCAUGUCAGGGCGCCGUUCCGACGGGAGAAGCUGACCCCGGCAGCAAAGUUGGAGAAGGUGCGCAUUCCGCUGCGGCCGACAGAGGCGGUGCUAGCGCCGCUGCCCGGUGCCCGGGACGUGCUGCCCAACGGGCGCACCAUCCACACGCUCACCCUCACCUACAAGCUCAGCGUGGCUGAGGCCGGCAAGCACUGCGUCACCCUCCCUCUCCUCAACAGGCAAGCCCAGUAUGUGUAUGAUGGAGAGCUGGAGGGGCAGAUGACCUUCCUAACGGACGCCAACGAACGCCUGAUCAAAGUGUCUGACAUCUACCCCGAGGACGUCCAGCUGGCCAAGGGUGACUACAUCAUCCGAGCCCAGCUGCGCCAUGACGACACAGGUGUGCUGGAGAAGCUGAAGGGCCUGGCAGCGGUGGUCGAGAGGAAGCUGGGGGACAGCGUGAGUGUGCCGGUGUACGGCAGCCAUGUCGCCUCGCUCAAGACGGCAAAAGACACCGUGAAAGAGCGAGGCCUGUAUGCUGGUGAAAGAGCUGCGAUUUUCCUGGGUCCAGUCCCAGAGGACAAGCUGCCCAAGGAUGCCACUCCUGGCCGCCUCCUUGUAGGCACUCUGUCCCUGUCCAAGAAGGACAGUGGCAAUGGCGAGGCGCCCGGGAAAGUGUUUCUGAGCUACAGUGUCCCUCCUAAGAAGGAGAAUGGGGCUGGAAAAGAUGCCAGCAAGGGGGAAGAGAAAGACAAGGAGAAACCCAAGACGCCCGAGGAGCGUUUGAAGGACGCCGUGCGCGAUGCCCAGGUGGGCUUCUUGAAGCAGCUGAAGAGGGAGACGCCAGAAGAGGACGAGGCAUAUCUUGCGCUCGAGAAAGACCUGCUGCAGCAGCACCCCAAGCACCUGCCCCUUCUGUCUGCACGGCUGGCAAGCACAAACAGCCUCUCUUCUGAGUCGCACCCCAAGAAGCUCGAGGAGGUUGUGGAAGCUGCCGAUGCAGUGAUCGCCGCGAUAGACGAGACGGCUCUGGCAAAGCUUCUGGCGCGCAAGACACCCGAGGAGGGCCCUGGGGCAGCUGCCAGGAAGAAGGAAGCUGAGGAGCAGAAGGCCGCACUGCUAGAUGCCCUGGAGAAAAAGGCCAGCGCUUUGCUGGAGCUGCAUCCCACAGCGCCAGAGAAAUCCCCGUCAGCUGAAGCGCCGGCAGAGCAGGCGGGUCCAGAUGCAUUUGAGGCGGCUUUCCUAGAGCUGCAGGCGUGGGCGGACACCACAGAGGAGAAGUAUGCUCUGCUGCACGCCAAGCGCCUUGCUCGCAAAGGCCGCUACGCUGGCGCCCUCAAGGCUCUGGAGAAGUCAGCCAGCCCAGAGGACAAGCCAGCAGCUAAGGAGGUGCUGCAGUUCCGCAAAGAGCUGUUUGAGAAGCUGGGCUGGCAACACUGGGCGCUGCAGGAAGACUCCAAGAUCAAGGACUGCUUCCCCCCAGCAUACCCGCUCUUCUAA